CACUAUUUUUGUAGGUGGAAUUUUUGGGGCUGCACACAUCCCCCUUUGGAUUCCUUACAGUUUCUGUCCCCGGCUUGAAGGAGAGGACAGGGGAGAGGGAUAAAGCGAUAGAAGAGAGGAUUUAGUACUGAAGAGAGAGAGUGGGAGAGGAGAGAGGGAUCAUGUCUGGACUCUCGGCAGUGUUGAAGAGCUGGGUCAUCCUGCAGACUCUGUGCCUGGCUCUGGCCCAAGUGAACGGUCCUCCAGGACCUCAAGGCAAUCCCGGUCCGCCCGGUCCCUCUGGCACCCCCGGGUCUGAUGGCAUUGAUGGGGAAAAAGGACCUCCUGGACCUUCUGGCCCACAAGGGUUGAAGGGGGACCCAGGUGAGCCUGGUCCAGAUGGACGUCCCGGAGAGAACGGCAUUGACGGUUUGAUGGGACCAAAGGGAGACGGCGGCCCUAUCGGGAACCCUGGACCUAAAGGCCAGCCUGGACCUGGUGGUGAACCUGGACCCACUGGACCCGGACUGCCUGGACUGGCUGGAGCCCCAGGCCCAAUCGGCCUUCCCGGUGAGAUUGGACAGACUGGACCUACGGGCAUAUUGGGAGAACCUGGACCUCCAGGAAUUCCAGGACCCCCAGGAAAACCAGGUCCUCCGGGGAAGUUCUUGGGAGGAGAGGAGGGCAGUGCAGACUUCCAGUGUCCAAUCAACUGCCCAGCAGGGCCUAAGGGUCCCCAGGGACUGCAGGGGGUCAAGGGACACAAAGGUCGUGCUGGUGUGCUGGGAGAGCCUGGCAGCAUUGGGAAACUGGGUACGAAGGGAGAGGUCGGCAUCUCUGGUGAGCAGGGAAUUCCAGGACCCCCGGGUCCUAUGGGAUUGAGGGGUUACCCAGGAAUGAUGGGCCCCAAGGCAGAGGCGGGCCCUCGUGGUUACAAGGGCAUCAAUGGACCAGUUGGCCAACCUGGACCCCCAGGUGAGGAGGGACCUCAAGGACCACCUGGAGAGGCUGGGGAGAAAGGAGAUUUAGGUGGUCGAGGUAUCAAGGGCCCACAAGGAGCUGUUGGCAAGAAGGGAGAGAAUGGUCUGCCUGGUAUCGACGGAAAGGAUGGCACUCCUGGCAUCCCUGGAAUCAAGGGUGCCCCAGGGCAGGCUGGGAGGCCUGGUGGUCCCGGUCACCAGGGAACAGCAGGUUUGCCUGGCAGCCCCGGAACCAAGGGUGGACCUGGAGGCAAGGGAGAGCCUGGUCCCAGAGGUCAUGUUGGAAUGUCUGGUACCCCAGGACCUCAGGGUGAGCCUGGUCUUCCCGGUGAAGCUGGUAUGGAGGGCGUUCCUGGACCUAAGGGUGACAGAGGCCAGAGGGGAGCUGUAGGGCCACAGGGUAUUGUCGGCAAGGCUGGCAACAAGGGUAUGAGAGGGCCUAUGGGUGUCCCAGGGGCUCAAGGCAUCUCAGGAACCAAGGGAGACAAGGGAUUCCAAGGAAAAGUUGGUGCGAAGGGAGACUUUGGUGAUCCUGGUGUAGAAGGCUUGGCUGGGGAGAAAGGAGAGAAGGGGUUGGGUGGUGAGCCUGGACCCAAAGGACAGCAAGGAGUGAGGGGAGAGACAGGGUUCAAUGGCCCCACAGGAGACUCAGGCAAACCAGGAGACCAGGGACCAGGAGGACUGCCUGGGCCUCGCGGUCUCAAUGGGGAGAGAGGAGUUCCAGGCAUGCCAGGCAUUGUGGGGGCAGCAGGACGGGAUGCAUCAGACCAGCACAUCAUUGAGGUGGUUCUGAAGAUGCUGCAAGAGCGUCUGGCGGCUGUAGCGGUGAGCGCUAAGCGUGCCGUACUGGGUGGAGCCGGUGUCAUGGGUCCCCCUGGUCCUCCUGGACCCCCAGGAGCUCCCGGGGCUCAGGGCCCACACGGCCUCACCGGCGCCCGCGGCAUCCCUGGCAUGUUUGGAGCCUCCGGACAGAUCGGCAACACCGGACUGAAAGGAAAGAGAGGAGCGAAGGGAGACAGAGGAGAUCCUGGUAAACCACAUGCUGGCCAGCCAGGACCCCCGGGAAUAACAGGUCCCCCGGGUAUUGACGGAGUGGCUCGAAACGGUAAGCCUGGUGAGCGAGGCCCCCAGGGCUCGGCAGGAGAGGCUGGCCGUCCUGGUAAGGCGGGCCCCACUGGUCUUCCAGGGUUCUGUGAGGCUGCAGCCUGCCUGGCUGCCUCGGCCUACACCUCCCCCAGACUACAGGACUCCGCCAGGGUCAAGGGCCCCGGAGUCUAACCUGAGACCUCUCCAUCAAGAGCCCCACAACACCAGGGAGAAAGAGAGAGACAGAAGAGAGAGAAGCAGGGAUAGAGGGGAGAGAGAGAGACAGAAGAGAGAGAAGCAGGGAUAGAGAGAGAGAGAGAGAGAGAAGCAGGGAUAGAGGGGAGAGAGAGA